CUGAGUUGUCAAAGUCCAUUAGAGUCUACUCCGAGGGCCCGUACACCCCCACCCCUGCUAGCUUAAGGCGAAAGCAACGAGUUUUUACGGUGUUUGCAAUCGCCUUCAUCGAAUCGCUACGCUCACGGCUCAUGCCGUCUGACGCACAUCGAGAUCCCUGGCGGCUAAACCUUACGUUGUGCGUUUCAACCAAUAAGGUGCGGGCGGCCUGGCUUUUGUGUACUGUGAGUUUCGGCCCCCAAGUCAGGCUCCAACAUUGUGCAGCGGCAUAACACCUGAGUUCUGGCUCCUUUUCUCUCGCUAGAUCCCCGUUUCCAACACUCCUGUCGCUCCUUCGGGGCUGUCUGUCACUUACACGAUGCGUCUACAUCAAUACCUUUCGAUCGGCUCACUUGUUACUCUUGUUGCAGCCCAAGGCAAGUGUCGCUUUGGCAAUGGCACUUUACUUCCAGACGUUCCGGAGUGGAAUAUCUACCAGCCAUGCGCAGCCUCUGAUGGACCAACGACCAUUUGUUGCGCGACGAAUCGUGAUAAUGAGCCAUGGGGCAACGUAUCGCUAGGAUUCACGCGCGACGAAUGUCUGCCAAAUGGGGUGUGUCAGAACCGACUAACGACGAACGAGGGACAACCGGUGACGACCUGGUUUAUCGACUACUGUACAGAAAAUGGGCAGUCAGACAGUGCUGGGAAAUGCCUGAACGUUUGUCCGACGGCUUCGUUAGAGCUCACUGCCAAAAUCACACCUUGCGAUGGCACUGCAACCAGCUCCCGAUGGUGCUGUGGUGAUACACGGGGCUGCUGUAAUUCCAACUCUGGGGUUGUCUUGUUGGAACAAGUUCUGGGUCAAGUCUCGUCGAGCGUGAUCAGUUCAAGUUCGCCUGCAACGUCAUCGUCAUCAUCAGUAACAACGCCCACGCCUUCGACAACUUCCGCAUCCGCAGCACCACUAGAUACAGGCAGCACUAGUACAAAAUCAAACGGUCUAAGUGGGGGAGCAAUAGGAGGGAUUGUCGUUGGCGUCGUCGUAGGGCUGGCAUUGAUCGCAGCAGCAUUGUUCUUCGCGAGAAAGGCUUCGCGCAGGAAGAAGGCCCCUUACGCAGCGCCAGAUGCGGCUGAGGUUCCGUACAGCCCGGCAGAGGUUCCGUACAGCCCGGCAAUGCCCGAACUGGGGUCGACAGUGAAAUAUGCUCAUGUUCAGGAGAUGCCUGGGGCACCGCCUAGCGAGCUUCAUGGUGACGUGCCUAUGCACGCUCACAAACCGUGAGACAUCGGUUUGAUCUCCAUUCUGGUCUGUAGGAUUCAGCCUUGUAUGACUAAUACACGAUUCGAAGUUUCCGUGUACUCAACUCUGACCUUGAAUGUGCAAAUUAAGCACAAAGAUUAUCCGAUUGUGCCAAUGAAGAGAUGGUCGAAGUAUCAUUGCUAUAUAUCAGAAGCUUGUGCCUGAGUAUUCUACAGCGGCAUGAGCUGAGCCCUUCAGCAAGACAAAUUGAUGCUCAG